AUGUACAGGACGGCAGCAAGAGUCUCAUCGAGUAGCCAGGAAAAAGCAUGGUCUGUAAGUCUGGCCCAUAAAGUGGUAAUAUCUAAUGGGUACCCAAAUAGAGAUGGUGCUACCCGACAAGCACGACAUCCCUCUCGAAGAUCCAACGUAGUGGAUAGCCCAGAAAAGAUCCCUUUCUGUUUACCUCAUAUAUCUGAUGAUAUGAGCAGAGCGGUACGGAGCUGUCUACGAAAAGCGGGUAUAGAGAAUGACGUGAGAGUUGAGGAAAUACCUCCAGCGAACCUCAAGGGUCAGCUGGUACGUAACCAUGAUUGGGGUGAUUGCAUGGUAUCAGGAGUAGUGUAUCGUAUCACGUGCAGGUGGUGCGGUGACGAUUAUAUAGAAGAAACGGGACGUCCACUGUGUAUUGGGGUUAAGGAGCAGCUAGGUGGACUCGCAAAAUCUGAAAUCUUCACCCCACUCGCAGAACACUAG